UGGUUCGAACAAUGCCAGCAGGGCAGGUGGCACCGUGCACAUGCUCAGACAGGCCAGAAUCCCGCCCUUCGAACAUUUUUGAAAUCAAAUGGGGCCACAGAGUGUCUACCAAUGACCAUUGGAUGGUCAAGCCCACCCAGCGCCUACUGAAUGCAUUCAACGUGCAGUGGAUCAUGACUGCCAGAGAAGCUGAGACACAGCUGGCACUGAUGAAUGGUGCCGGUAUUAUUGAUGCUGUCAUGACAGAUGACAGUGACUCAUUUGUUUUUGAUUCGACUGUCAAAUUGUAUACAACGAGUGCCAUUCAAGAGCACUCAGGAGCACGUUUCUUUAUCAUAUCCCCCUGGACUCGUCACUUACUACAUAUCCCAUCCAUGCAGCGGCACACCAUCAAAUUUGCACUGUCUACCACUAUAUCCCUACCUAGCUGUUUCUACAGGUAACUUCAAUCUCGCUCGGGCAUUUGUCCAAUAGUUUAUGAUUAUAAACCAUACAUUCUCUUCUAAUCUAUCACUGUACACACAAGUAUGCACUACAUAAUCUAAUUGUCUUGUCUCCAACCCAUGAACAGAGCGCUCAAGAGCUUCUCCAGUGCACCUGUAACCAUUAACAGAGCACAUCGGUACCUGGUGCAGGGAUUUGGU